AUGGCCGGCGGCUCGGGUACAAAGGUGGUGCAAAUCACCAACAUAGCCCCGCAAGCCACCAAGGAUCAGAUGCAAACGUUUCUGGGUACAGUAGGUAAAAUCGACGAGAUUCGCCUGUAUCCCACAAUCAGAGAUGUGUCUUGUCCGGUUGUUUCUCGUAUCUGCUAUGUAAAGUACUUCGAGAGCAGUUGCGUAGCUGUAGCCCAGCACCUAACCAACACGGUGUUUAUCGAUCGGGCCGUGAUUGUGAUACCGGUGCAGAACGGUGUCAUACCCGACGAAUACAAGGCGUUAGAAAUGGCCGCCAACGGCACUCUCGUUCCAGGAUUGCACAGCUUCAACACACCGUCGAAGCUUCCGCCGGAAGUAGUGAACCGUAUCGAUGGGAUGAUUCCGAAUCAGGUGGUGAAAACCAUCGAUCCAAAACUUGAAGAGCACGGACUCCCCGAGUAUCCCCCUUUGCCGGUGAAUUUUGACGCCAAAAAGAUUGAAGAAACUCGUCGCACUAUUUUGGUGAUCGACAUUCGCGCGGACUGGCGUCUCGAAGAUCUAAUGGAACAUUUUAAGCCUGCCGGGGAGAUCAAGUAUGCGCGAUACGCCGAGAACGAACGCAGCAAGUUUGCUCUUAUUGAGUUUUGCGACCAGCGCAACAUCGUCAAUGCGCUCAAAAUGCAUGGAACCGAAUUCCGGGGCUAUCGCGUAAGUGUGCACCACUCGACACAACCGAUAGUGAAACCGGAGGCAAAGAGCAACGAGGUGGCGCAGAAGGAAAUUGAAGAAGCUAUGACAUUGGUUAAGGAAGCUCAUACCAUGAUUUCCUCGAUAGAUCCUGUCGUCAACAUCUACCAGAAAGAUAAGAGCACCAGUCGGCGCCGGUCGCGAUCGCGCAGUCGUUCGAAGGAACGUCGAUCGCGGUCUCGUUCCCGAAAGCGCUCAAAAUCGCGCAGUAAACGUUCUCGCUCCCGCAAGCGUUCACGGAGCCGCUCGAAGCGUUCUAGAUCGCGUCGUUCGCCUUCUAGAAGUAAGCGCUCCCGCUCGAAAUCGAAGCGGUCCCCGUCGCGUACGAAACGGUCACGUUCGCGCUCCAAACGAUCACGGUCACGUGACCGGCGCAAGCGCUCCCGAUCCCGCCGACGCAGCCGCACGCGCUCCCGCGAAAGAUCAUCACGCAUUCGUCGAUCGAGAUCGCGUUCAAAGAAACGUUCCCGUUCACGCGAACGUCGUGAACGUAGCCGGGACCGCAAGAAAUCACACCGCAACAAGGAGGAACGCCGUCGUCGUUCGCGUUCGCGAUCGCAAAGCAGCAAGCGAUCUGAAUCCCGUGGCAGCCGUGUGAAGGAGGUAGUCGUGAAAACAUCAUCUAAACGUCGCAGCCGCACCCCAUCGGACAAAAAGCUGAAGAAAAUCCUCGAAGAAACUGUCAGCCGAGACUAUGACGCCGAGGAACGCAUGGACGCAGGCGGAGGCGUAUUGGUAGAGGAUGAUGCGAGCAGUACCGGCAAGCAGUCGGUAUCUUCGCCAACCCAACCUUCUGGUGCGGGUGGUUCGACUUCGUCGUCGUCCUCUUCGGGAGCUGCUGGUGUUGCCGUUGCUGCUGCAACACCUCGUGAGAAAACCGCUAGUCCAACGACGGAAAAAUCAGACAACAUGGACAUCUCAAACUCACCGUAAUGGGCUUCAUUUUAAAAUCUAGAUGUCAAUGGGCUGUAGCAGGGAAACAGCUUAUUCCCAAUUGAAAUGCUCUACCUAAUCUCACUUUCUUUGUGGGAAGAGCAACUUUUCUGGUGGUUCUGCGAUAGUACGGUACUCUGUUGCUGCUACUUGCUCGUAAAAUGCAUUUUCUUCGUCUGUUUUUAUUCUGUCUGGGAUUAUAAUUUUACUGUAUUAACGUCACUUCCAGAAAUGUGAGGACGUGAACGAGAAUGAUACUGCUAUAUUUUCCAAAUAAAUCUAAUAAGACUUCGU